GGCGAGGCGGCACCCCCUGGCUCUCCCUGGCCACUGCCCCAGGUGUGGACAAAGUCGACGUACCCCUACCUAUUAGACCCGAAGGUGUUCUUCAUCACCAAACUGACCAACUCCAAGGGCGAGGCGGCACCCCCUGGCUCUCCCUGGCCACUGCCCCAGGUGUGGACAAAGUCGACGUACCCCUACCUAUUAGACCCGAAGGUGUUCUUCAUCACCAGUAAUGCCGAGAACUGUACGAUCGUUGCGGAGGGUCUGUCCCGACUGUCCGACGAGUUUAACUCCAUAUUCAAAGCCAUUGACGACAAUAAGCGCCACAAUAGCUCCCUAUUAAGCCUCCGGAGUAUUCACCUCCAGAUAGACUCCAUAUCCGACUGCAACACCAUUUACCCGCAAAACAACGACAACGAGUACUACGAGAUCGCCAUACCUUUCCAGUCGUCCAUUAAUGGCCGCAUACGGGCCGACACCAUAUGGGGCGCCAUCCGAGCGCUGGAGACCUUAAGUCAGUUGAUAUACGUGAAUGAGGACAGGGAGCUCGUGGUGAACGCCACCCGUAUCACGGAUUGGCCGCGGUUUUCAUUCCGGGGCGUUAUGUUGGACAGUAGUCGACACUUUUUACCCAAGAAUGUCAUCCUGGCCAAUCUGGACGCCAUGUCCUACAAUAAGUUCAAUGUGUUUCACUGGCAUAUUGUGGACGACCAGUCGUUCCCGUUUGAGAGCAAAAUAUUCCCGGAGUUGACCCAAAAGGGCGCCUAUAGCUCGAGACAUGUGUACACUCAGACAGACAUCCAGGAGAUCAUCGAGUACGCCAGGUAUCGGGGCAUUCGUGUCAUACCUGAGUUCGAUACCCCGGGUCACACCCAGGGCUUCGGGAAGGCAUUCCCGCAGCUACUGACCACGUGCUACGGGGACGGGGAUGACAAACCAUUCACAGCCAAAUUGAACAAGCACGCAGAGGCCGAGAUCCUGAACCCCAUGCAAAACUACACAUACGACUUCAUGAAAGUGUUUUUCCGAGAGGUCCGGGAUCUGUUUCGCGACCAAUACGUGCACUUAGGCAUGGAUGAGGUCUACUACGACUGCUGGAGGUCUAACCCCCAGGUGUGGCAGUUCAUGAUCAACCACACGUUCACUGAACUAUCGCAAGUGGAACAGUACUACACGGAAAGGAUGAUCGACACCAUCAAAGACAUUGGCUUUAAGAAUAUCGUGUGGCAGGACCCCAUCGACAACGGGGUUCAGUUAGCCAACGAUACCCUCGUAAUGGUAUGGAAGGAACGGUAUCGACACCCGACCUCUCAAAAUGACAGCUGGAAAGCCAGUGUUCAGCGUAUUGUGGGACAGGGCUAUAAAGUAAUAGUGAGCGCCUGUUGGUACCUCAACUACAUAUCCUACGGCCAGGACUGGGAGAAGUACUACCGGUGCGACCCCACCAAAAGUUUAGCCGAUGACUCGGAAAAGGCACUGGUAUUGGGAGGGGAGGCCUGCAUGUGGGGCGAGUAUGUCGACGGCACUAACCUGUUGGCCAGACUCUGGCCGCGAGCAUCGGCUGUAGCCGAGAGACUCUGGUCCGACCCCAACCACACCAAUGACAUCGAAAGCGCCAAAUUCAGACUCGAUCAGCACCGGUGCCGUAUGCUUAGGAGGGGUAUACCCGCCCAACCCAUACUCAACGGCUUUUGCGGCGAAUAUGAGUGGGAAAUGAAUGCAAACGAGAUAUGA